AUGCCGCCAACCAAUCCGCCUCCGGCGCAAGACACCUCCCGCAACGAAUACAUCCCAUCCUUCAUCUCCCAGAAACCCUUCUACGUCACAGACGACAUCCAAGGCGAUGCCGACUACCUCGAACAUCAGCGUCUCCACGCCGCGCCCAAGGACACCCUCGACAAGGCAAAAUGGUACGAUCGCGGCAAGAAGCUGGGCCCCGCCGCCACCAAAUUCCGCAAAGGCGCCUGCGAGAACUGUGGUGCCAUGACACAUAAGACGAAAGAGUGUCUGAGUCGGCCAAGGAAGACGGGCGCGAAGUAUACUGGGAAGGACAUACAAGCGGACGAGGCAGUGGACAGCGUGAAGUUGGGAUGGGAUGCGAAGCGAGAUCGGUGGAAUGGGUACGACCCCAAAGAGUACGAUGCGGUGGUGAAGGAGUACGAGGAUCUUGAGGCGAUCAAGAAGGCCACGAGCAGUCAGAAAGCGCCCGAAGAUGGCGAUAUCGCCGACUCAGACGUCCGCUAUGGCGAAGAGACAGACAUGGGCCGGUCACAACCCACAUCUACCCGACAAUUACGACUGAGAGAGGACACGGCAGGGUAUCUGAAAAACCUCGACCUCGACUCCGCCAGGUACGACCCCAAGACACGCAGUAUGGACACAGAAACAAAGCAAGACACUGGCGGCGAUCUAGCAGACCAAGGAUUCAUGCGGCCUUCGGAGUCCGAGGCAUUUGAGCGUGCUCAGAAAUAUGCUUGGGAGUCACAGGAGUCGAAUUUGCCGAACGCAUCGAAGCUGCAUCUCCAAGCCAAUCCCACGGAAGGCGCCUUACUGAUCAAGAAACUGGAAGCAGAGGCCACUGCAAAAAAGGACGCACAGCGACAGUACCUUCUUAGCAAGUACGGUGCCGGCGACGGCAUCCCUCAGAUCACAGCAUCCGAUGCUGGAGCAACCAAAAGCAUAACACAACCCGCAACAACCGCAAAACGGAAAGCCAUCACCGCAACAUCAGCCUACACAGAAUAUACGUCAACCGGCCUACCAAUAAAUUCCUCAACCAAGACCGCGCCCGUCGCCAGAAGCAAAUACCCCGAAGACGUACAUCCCAACAACCACACCUCGAUCUUCGGCAGCUGGUGGACGAACUUCACAUGGGGCUAUGCGUGCUGCCACUCGACUGUACGAAACAGCUACUGCACCGGCGAGGAAGGAAAAGUGGCGUUUGCCGAGGCCGAAGGGCGGCGGAAGGGGAUCGAUCUUUUGCAGGUCGAGAAUGGCUCGGAGAAGGCAAAUGCGGAGGUUGCAGACGCAGAAUCAAACACGGCAGCGGAUGCGCCGAGUGCCGCGGUCGUGAAUAGAUCAGAGAAGCAGCAAAAAGAGCAAGAUGAGCGCGACAGUGGCAGGACGAAGAAACGCACCAUCUUCGAGCUUCAGUCAGGGAUAUCGGAGGAGGAGAUGGAAGCGUACAAGAGAAGCAAGCUAUCGGCUCAAGAUCCUAUGGCUGCCAUGUUGGGUCGCGACGAGCUCGUCGAAGGCUGA